AAACUGAGAACUGAGCUUCUCGCAAACUCCCAUUGGCACCACUCACCAACGACUUCGAUGUUGCAUCGUCUUCGACAACAGUUCUGGUGGCCUUCUAUGAAGAGAGACGCUAGGCGUUUCACAGAGCUAUGUAUAACCUGUCGGAAGGAGAGACUACGACUC